AUGCCACCACCUCCACCGUUACCACCUCCGCCACUACCACCGCCGCCGCCGCCUCUACCACCACCGCCACCACCACUGCCACCACCACCGCCGCCACCACCGCCGCCGCCACCACCACCAUCUCCGUCUUUUUUUAAUGUACUCCAACGGCGACCGUCUGCAGCUUCGUUUCCUCCACCUCGGCAGCCUAGCAGUCCUCUUUUCUUUUCCAGUUCCCCGGAAAUCCAAAGGGUGGUGACUAGUCUCAACAUGCGAACAACAGCAUUUUCGCGUCCUGGUAGUGGAUACGAAAACGUGAUCACUAUGCUGAAAGCGCACAUGGAGAGAAGAUCGAAAGUUGCAUAUGAUCCUACGAAGUUGAACAUCCCACCGACAGGUCUACGAAACGAGCUCAGUGCGAAUCAGAAGGUCGCUGGAGCAAUGUAUGAAAUAGACAUAGCGUUAACUAUUUCACAAGCUUCUCGGAUAAUCAAUGUUCUGCGGACGAAGCGUAAAGUGAUAUCGAAUAUGACCAUGCGAUGGCAAAGCAAUACAAUUCCUUUCAGAUUUGCGGUUUCUGACGCAUCAUGGCAGAACGAAAUCCGAAUGGUGCUAAACAAAUUUAGUGCGAAUACGUGCCUUCGUUUUGUUGAGAACGCUCCGGGCACUGAUUACUUGAUCUUCAAUAGAGGUGAAGGCAAAGGGCCCACACCCUCUGAAGUCAAAGUUAACGAAUUAUUUAAAAUCUUCGGUCCGGCAAAGAUCAAUGAAGUUACUGAGGGACCUUCUCUAUCUCAAAUGGUCAAAUGCGCUGCUUUUGAGCAAGCCGAGACGAAGUGGUGUUACUCUUCCGUCGGAAAGCUGGGAGGAGCCCAAGAAAUUUCAAUAGGAUACGGUUGCGAGACGGAGGGUAUUAUAAGCCACGAAGUCGGGCAUUCGCUUGGAUUUUGGCACGAACAAUCUCGGCCAGAAAGAGACAGCUAUGUUAGCAUCAAUACUCAAAAUGCCGUAGAAGGCACCGAAGGGCAAUUCGAUAAAAUACCAUCCAGCGAUACCAUGGACUAUGGCGUCCCUUAUGACUACGGCAGUGUUAUGCACUACGCAAGUACUGCAUUUGCUAAGAACUCAGCGUCGAAGACAGUAACUCCUCUUCAAUCCCACUAUGAACACACAAUUGGUAAUCGAGUGGAAGCAACGUUCCUUGACUUUAAAGCCCUCAACAUGGCAUAUUGCUCCGGGAUUUGUCGCAACAAUUUGCCGUGUCAGCAUGGUGGUUAUCCCCAUCCGAACUCAUGCACCAAGUGCUUGUGUCCGACAGGAUUGGGCGGCACUUAUUGUGAUCAGGUUCAGGCGUCAAACUGUGGGACCGAACUACCUAUGGCAGCUGCGAGCUGGAACAACCUAUCGUACUCUGGAGCUUCCUCUUGCUACUGGCGUGUAAGAGCGCCAACUGGCCAACGAAUACGUUUUGAGCUUACCUAUGUCUAUUUCAAAUGUGCUCCCACCUGCGAAGAAUUUGUUGAGAUAAAAUACGGAGUUUCACACGAUCGAACAGGAUUUAGACAGUGUUGUCGUGCUGAAUAUGGUGAGGUCGUCUCACAUGGUAACUCUAUACUAAUUCUUACUCAUGCAACCAGAACUUCGCAGUUUGUUCUGCGUUAUCGUGCGGAAGGAACUUUUGAAGCUACCCCCCUCCCUGUGGUUGGUUCAUCAUCAGGAGAAUGGACAGUGUGGUCUACGUGGACCACAUGCUCUGAACGGUGUGGUGCUUGCGGCGUACGUACACGUAGGAGGAAGUGUAUCAGAGAAACUUGCCACGGAACACCUCUUCAAACUCAAGUAUGUAACUUAGAAGGAUGUCCUCCAGGUACCCGUGUUGCAGGUCGAAGAUAUGCUGGGUACCGAACUGGAAAUGAUGGAUCAAACCGGUGUUGCACUGGCUACAAGCUAUCAGGCUACAAUGGGUGCAUGCGCAUCAACAAAUGA